AUGUUCCCGUUUCACAGUGCUGGCUCUGAGAUUCAACACCAAAUGGAACCCCAACCAAGCCCCGUGCUUUCUGAAGAGCAAAUCGGGCAUUUCAUGCGUCAUGGAUUCGUCCGCGUGCCUCAGUGCUUUUCACAGCAGCAAGCUGACAGAUGGGCCGGUGGUGUAUGGGAAAGGCUCGGUUUCUCGCCCACAGACAAGUCAACCUGGACCGAGGAAAUAACUCACAUGGACGAAACCAAGAUCAUGCCCAUCAAGGCGUUUGCCCCGAAGGCAUGGGCUGCCAUGUGUCAGCUUCUCGGUGGUGAGGAUCGUGUUGCCCCGGAGUCAGCUACCUGGAACGACGCGUUUAUCGUCAAUCUUGGCUCACCUGAAACAGAGGGUACCUGGCCGAGCCCUGCAGAUCUGCCUGGUUGGCACGUCGAUGGAGACUUUUUCAUUCACUUCCUGGAUUCGCCUGAACAAGCCUUGUUGGUCGUUCCACUGUUUACGAGCAUUCAAGAGCGUGCAGGUGGCACCAUGGUUUGCUCUGAUGCCACCAAGGCCAUUGCCCAGCACCUGUACGACCACCCCGAGGGAGUGUCGCCUUAUAUGCUACCUCGCGGUCAAAAACCUGACGGAAACCCGAUUGACACACCCUUCUAUUCUGAUAUUGUUCAGAAUUGCAGCGAGUUCCACGAAAUGACCGGUGAUGUCGGCGAUGUGAUUCUCAUGCACCCGUUGACGUGUCACUCGGUCGCCGUCAACAGUCUGCGACACCCACGCGUUAUCACCAACCCGCCAGCGUCACUGAAACUACCUUUCAACUUCGACCGCGAUGAUUCAGGGCAGUACAGCAUUGUGGAGAAAACAACACUCGAGCUGCUUGGGAAGGAUAGGCUCCGUGGUUGGAAGAUUCAGGGAAGGAGAGAGUUUGUUGUUCCUGAAUGGGCAAAGCAAACGAGAUGA